AUGCUUCACAGAGGUUUGAUUGGACGUAUUGGUGCAAUUAGCCACAACCACAUACUCUUCAAUGCGGUUAACAAACGUAUGAUUAGUCAGAGUUCGGUAUUGAGAGCUGAAGAAGAGUCUGCCAAUACUAGCAUUUUUGGGAGCCUAACGAAGAAUGUGGAUAUGGCUAAGCCUGCCCAAGAUAGACUUUCUGAUAGAAUGAUUGCUAGCGCUGACAAUAAUAAUACAGGGGAAGAUGCUGCAGUGGAAGAGCAAAAAUUCAGGGACUCUAUCACUGUGGAGACUGAUGUACUUCUACAGAAGCAUAUCCAAAAAUUGGAUGAACCAGAAAAACCAGCUGUGAAUUUAUAUCUAUCUCCACUAAAAAGACGCAUCUAUGAACAGAAUUGUAAAGAUAAUGGUGGAUUCUUCAAAAAAAAUGCUAUAGUGAGAUUACCAUCUACAAAAGAAGAAUAUCGUUUGACCUUGAAUCAGCAAGAACUCGAUGCUUUAGAACCAUCUGUUUAUUUGCAAUCUUACAGAUUGAAAUCCUCUAUGAAGAAAACUACACAAGUCUUAAGGAUGAUAAACGGGAUAGACCUAAAGAAAGCAAUUACCCAAUGUCAUUUUUCCAAGAGACAUGUUGCCAAAGAAAUCGAAGAAUUGUUAAAAAGAGGGAUAGAGGAUGCUCAAAAGUUAAAAUUAGAUCCAAACGAUCUUUAUAUUUCACAAAUAUGGUGUGGUAGUGAUGGUUCAUGGAGAAAAAAUAUGGAAUUCAAAGGUAGAGGUAGGGUCGGUAUUAUUUCUCACCCUUGGGUUCAUGUAAGAUGUAUUUUGAAAACAAAAUCUGUAACUAAGAAAAGGUUAGAGUUUGAAAAGGAUUUGAAAGAACUUAAAAAGAAACCAUGGAUUCAAUUACCUGACAAACCAGUUAGAGGUGUUACAAACAAUGUUUACAAAUGGUGA